UUAUCUAUAAAUUUUGUGCUUCCUCUUGAAUUUGAAGCAGCAGCCGCAACUUCUCUGUCUAGGGUUCUUCGUCGUCUUUGCGGAUUUCGAUCCUAUUCCCGCUGCUCGCUUGUAGAUCAGCAAAUAUGUUUUCUGCUCAGAACAAGAUCCGCAAGGACAAGGAUGUUGAACCUACUGAGUUCGAGGAGCAAGUUGCUCAGGCUUUGUUUGACCUUGAGAAUACCAACCAGGAGUUGAAAAGUGACCUGAAAGAUCUGUACAUUAAUCAAGCAGUUCACAUGGAUAUCUCUGGAAACCGCAAGGCUGUUGUGGUUUAUGUUCCGUACAGAUUGAGGAAGGCUUUCCGCAAGAUUCAUCUCCGUCUUGUUAGGGAGCUGGAGAAGAAGUUCAGUGGCAAGGAUGUUAUCGUGGUUGCCACCAGAAGAAUCUUGCGUCCUCCGAAGAAGGGCUCUGCUGUCCAAAGGCCACGGACCAGAACUCUCACUGCUGUCCACGAAGCGAUGCUCGAGGAUGUCGCCUACCCUGCUGAGAUUGUCGGAAAGCGCAUCAGGUUUCGUCUUGAUGGCUCCAAGAUCCAGAAGGUCUUUUUGGACGCCAAGGAGAGGAACAACACCGAGUACAAACUCGAGACAAUGGCGGGUGUCUACCGUAAACUCACCGGGAAGGAUGUCGUGUUCGAAUACCCUGUCAAUGAAGCCUGAGGAGAUGAAAUUUUGUUCUGCUUAAAAUUUCUUUCUUUUUUUGGUGGGAUAGAGAGCUGUUAGAUGAAGAAGGGCACUUCCUGGAACAUUCCUUGUUUUCAGUUUGGAUUUUUUAAAGUUAAUUUACAAAGACUACUUCAAUCUCUA